AUGGCGAUUGUGUUUGGUACCCGACUAGCUGGCCCUGGUCGUGCCUCGCGCUAUGAUGCCGGCCCACAGACGACAUGGAAAACGGUAAAUGGUGUACCGAUUCCUCCACGACCCGAGGAGCCCGAUAAUUGCUGUAUGAGCGGUUGUGUUCACUGCGUGUGGGACGACUAUCGAGGUGAGAUGGAGGAAUGGGCUGAAUUAUUGGCACAAGCGAAAGCCAAAGGCAAGUCGAAGUUUCCGGGAGUGGUUCCUGGUGUCACGGAGCGAACACACUCGAACACCCUCAGCGCAAGCAUGGACGACGAUGGCGGCGGAAGUGAGACACACUGGACAGGUCCCGAGCCGGGCGACGAUCUAUUUGCCGAUAUACCAGUGGGUAUUCGAGAGUUUAUGAAGACGGAGAAACGGCUGAAAGAGAUGCAUCGCCAAGAGGAAGCCACCGAAACAGACAUCAUCCUCAAUAAAGCCAACAUCGCCCUCGCUCGAAGUCAACGCCUCGUCGCAUCCUGGUUGCCCGCCCCAACCACAGAGGAACAAGGAAACACCAAAUCAGACGAGGAGCUGCAAAGAGAGGAAGAUGAGAUAUUUACUGCUGUUCCGGAGACAUUAGGCGUUGGAGCCCCGUUGCCGACAAAAGCUGCAGAUGGGAGCUGGAAUCGUGCAGUAGAGACAGACUCGAAUGAUAAAUUGCGGAAACAGCUGUUGGGGAGGAAUUAUAAGAAGGUCAUGGCGGCGAAGGUAGCACAAGCGGGUAAGCCUGCGUCUUCUGCCACAAAGCCGGGCGUGAAGACAGUCGGUUCCAGGCGAAACGGCGGGGGUAAUAAUAAUGAUGAUGACGACGACGACGACGAUGAUGAUGAUGAUGAGGGGCGAACAGCAUCCAUUGGGAAGAAAAGGACGGCCAACAAGAGGAAGCAGAAUGUUAGUGGCAUUGCGUCGGAGACGGAUGCUGCUGGCAAUGAUGCAAACAGAGACAGGGAGAACGACGGUGAUGCAGAGGAAAGAGUAUCAACUCAGCAGGGAGGACCAUCAGCACGGCCAGGAUCAGGCCCAAAAGGGAGGAAGAAGGCUACGAGUUUUUUGGAUGAAAUACUUGCGGAGCGCUCAAAGAAACGGAAGAAGCGGUAA